UGUCACACAUCAACGUCACACAAUUUCCAGUUCCUCUGUUUAAAAGGUACUUGAACUCAACGUGUACAUCAAAGUUUCGCAGCAGUCUGACCCAGCAGAGAGUAUGUGACACCCGACUAAAGGAGAGCAUCAAUGUGGAGGCAGAGAAAUAUGAAUGCGGCUGUUCUCCUGCUGUGUGCUGCCGGGGUUCUCUGCUCUGAUGUCGCAUCUGCACAGAAUAAGCUCUGUGUACCCAGUCACGAGGUGGCAUGUUUCGUGCCAGCUGACUAUCUGAACUCAACUGGUCCUGUCCACAUAGAAGUGUCUCUUGGUAAGAAACUCAGCAUCUCCCUGGAGGGCUUCGAUGGAUACCCUGUCUGUCAGUGGAACAGAGGAGAAGACCCAGUAACAACAAUAAGAGGGAAUGACUCAUUGGUCCUACUGCCGCUCUCUGAGACAGAUUCUGGGGACUACACACUGAUCUGUGAAACUAGCAAUGGCACCAGGUCUUCAAUGACUGUAUCUUUGCUUGUAUUGGUACGUCCCACAAAACCACAGCUGAUGCUGGUGGGCACAGAUUCUCAAAAGAAGUCCCCCUUUUUCACAUGCAUCUCUGAGGGCCAUCCAAAGCCUUCGAUUAAAUGGUCUGGGAACAAGAAUGGGGAAAAUAUUCCUACAAACAGCACAAGGGCAGAAAGCAAAAUAUCAACUACCCCCUAUUAUAAGACAGGAGUGAUGUGCUGUGCCACUAAUGCUGAAGGACAAGAAUGCUCCCAACUGUAUGACUAUGAUCUAGAAAGUGUCUCCAUGAAAGAUGAGGUUUCUAAUGUGACUGUGAGCCCUGGUCAGUCUCUACUGCUUCGCUCCCGAAUACGCCAGUAUCGUCCUCCGUCACCCUUGUGGGAAAAAGACGGCAAAAUACUGGAAGAGCGCACUUUAGCAUGCUCUUCUAAAGAUGAGAAGAGGAUCUGCAUUAAGAAUGACUUCCAUUUUGAUCGUCAGAUGGCCUACCUGUUCAUCAAAUCAGUUAGUGUGGAGGACAGUGGCACAUACACCUGCAGGAGUCCGAAUAACAAAAUUAAGUCUGUCUACAUUCGUGUCCAGGCUGAGGGUUCCCUCUCUGUCCAGUUGGAUAAGAGCAAGAUCGUUCCAGGUGAGGAUGCAUCCCGCUUCUGUUUGCAAGCCAGUGUUUCCUACCACCCUGUGCUUCAGCGCUGCUCCUGGGAGGCUCCUGAUGAAACUGUGACGAAAUGCGACAGGGACGAAUGGGCAACACAACACAGGACUGUGAAGCUGUGCAAUCCACUCAAAUCAGGAGAUUACAAGUUACACUUGGAGGCUGGAGGACUAAAAGAAACAAAGACUAUAUCAGUGUGUGUUGCUGAGCAACCAAACUUUGGGGUUAAGCACACUGAUAAUAUCCUGUCCAUUGAGACUAUGAGUCUUGUGCCAGCAAAUUAUUCCUGGAUGUUUUGUUCUUCACUCAAUGACAGUUGUGAAACAGAAUCUGACUGGAAACUGAUCCCAGGCACCUCUCAAACAGACUCCAGUGUCUCCUGUAGCAAAGCAAUCAAGAGCUCGCUGAGAAGAGAACAAGUGAUUGGUCAGCGUUUAGGAUUUUGCCUCACAAACUCAGUAGGCUCCUGGUGUCACGACUCAAUAUACGUCCCACCUUCACCCCAGGCCAACAAAGGUAGUCCAGAUACUGAUGAUGACAGCCUGACGCUGCUGAGAGUAGGCAGUUUUGUCCUGCUUCUGGCUUUGACAGUGGUCAUUGUGGUCCUCAUGUACUUUGUCAAAAAGAAGAAACCCCAGUAUCACCCCCAGCUUCAGAUGAUCCAGAUGGUUGGACCAAACGACAAUGACUACAUCUACAUUAACUUCAAGGACUUUGAAUAUGACAUGAAAUGGGAGUUUCCCAGGGAGAACCUGGAACUAGGUCAAGAACUAGGCUCGGGAGCUUUUGGCAUGGUGGUCCAAGCUACAGCCUAUGGCAUCAGCAAGCCUGGAGUCUCACAGCAAGUGGCCGUCAAGAUGCUUAAAGAGAAACACCAGACAGUAGAGAAGGAGGCGCUGAUGUCAGAGCUCAAGAUGCUGACUCACAUUGGUCACCACGCCAACAUUGUUAACCUGCUGGGGGCAUGCACAGACACAGGACCCAUAUAUCUAAUUUUCCAGUACUGCUGUUACGGAGACCUGCUUAACUACCUGAAGAACAACAGUGAGCGCUACCACAAGUCUGUAACCGAUGCUUUCAUCAGGGAUCGUUUCAGCAGCCUUUACCACAACCUGCAGCCAAAGAGAACCUCCAGUGAGCUACAAACAGUGGACAGUUAUAUGCCUAUGUAUGGCGCCACCACCAGGGGGCAGGAGGACAUCGCCCUCCUCAACCUCCACACUGGUGACAUGGACAUCUGUGAAGAGAUCUAUGAAGGCCCAUAUGAUCAGACAGGCGACCUGCAAGCCCUGACCUUUGACGACCUGCUGAGCUUUGCCUUCCAAGUGGCCAAGGGCAUGGAGUUCCUCUCCUCCAAGAAUUGUAUCCACCGAGACCUGGCAGCACGAAACGUGUUAGUGACAAAGGGCAGACUGAUGAAAAUUGGUGACUUCGGGCUGGCCCGGGACAUCGACAAUGACUGCAACUACGUUGUGAGAGGAAAUGUGCGUUUACCAGUGAAGUGGAUGGCACCUGAGAGCAUCUUUCAGGGGAUCUACACCAUGAAGAGUGACGUCUGGGCUUACGGCAUUCUGCUCUGGGAGAUCUUCUCACUCGGUGUCACUCCGUAUCCCGGGAUGAAGGUGGAUCACAUGUUCUAUUCAAUGAUUGAGAGAGGAUUUAAGAUGGAGUGUCCAUACUAUGCCAACGAGUCUGUGUACAGGAUAAUGUGUAAGUGUUGGGGCCUGGAACCCUGUGACCGCCCCUCUUUCUCCAAACUGGUGUCCUUCAUGUGUGACCAGCUGACAGACAGAGAGGAAAAGCUCUACCACAACAUGCUUGACCAGACCUCCAGCGACUACCAGAACAUGACAACCAUUUUGGACAUUUCCGCCUUGGCAAAACAGGAGGAGAACAAAUCACAGUCAGCCAAUGACUACCUUCGAACCCAUGGGACUGAGGAAAGCAAAGCAGAAAUGUCUGACUCAGACACCGGGGCAGCUGAGGAAAAAUGUAUGAAGCCAUCUGAUACAGAGUGAUCACCUGAAUACCUGUUGAUAUUUAAACCAUUUUAUAUGUAUUUGAAAACAGUUUAUACAGUAUACUCAAUAAUAAUCUCAAGAGUUACAGUAUUGUUAUAUAUCUUUUAUAUAUUUUUUCAUUUAUAUAAAUAUAGAGAAUUUUUUUAUCCAAGCUUUAUUUCUAUAUACUUUUGCAUGGUACUAACAAGUUUUAAUAAAAUGUACUUUACAUAUUAAAUGAAAUGGUGAUUGCAGUGUAGGUCAGUCGUUUACAAAUGAUUUGACUUUCUGGUUUGUGGCCCCUUAAAAUGAGGUCAUGUGCGACCUUUUCUGUUUUUCACAAUAAAAGAACAAAUACUACAGAA